UUGAAUUCAGGUUGAGCGAACUUUGUUGUCCACGGGCGUACAAUGUCCCAAACAAAAUGGAUUAUGCAAACAAACAAUUAAUUCCGACAACCAAAGUUAAUUUCGCGUUUUCAGUAUGCAUUAGAUAAGAUUUAAACCAGGAGUUACGUAAAUAUUUGUUUGUUGUACCGCAAACGCAUAUAUAUAUAUAUAUAUAUAAAUAAUAGAUAAAUAUAUAUGUACUUUUAGAGACAGGAAUAACCUGCAGAUAGCAGUGUCAAUUCAGUUAGCCAACCGCUAGCUGAACUGGUCGACUAGCCAGUUUAUAACUGUCACCUGCGAUUCUUUGUUUUGUUAUUUCCAAAGCUUUGGGAUUGUGCCACCACCCCUGUCACACUGCCAUGGCUGACAGCAGCAUAGUUACUUUGGGGAUGGCUCGUAGCCUGCUGGUGGACUCCUCUGUGUAUGACUCCAGGUUGGCUGAGACUACUAAGGAUGUAUUCCUGAGUUUGGACUGUGAAGACAUGGAAGAAAUGCUGCAUCGUGUCGAAACCAGAGUCGUUCUUGUGGGAGAAGCUGCCAAAAAUGGAGCACUUGUUAAAGCACUGCAGGCCGUCAGAACAAUGGAAGUUCCGGUGGUUAAGAUUAAAGGAGGGGAACCGGGUGUUGAGGCUGGAGAUAAAUUUAUAAAAUCCAUAGUCAAUAUGGAUAUCAACGUGCCUUGCAUAAAGACAGACAAUGUCAAAGAGUUUGGAGAUGGAGAAAACACAGAGUUUGAGACUGUGUUUGUGCUCACAGACUUUGCCUCGCCUGACUACAGCUACCUUUACAAACAUGACAACCGGAUCGUGGGCCCCCCCGUUGUUCUGCACUGUGCGGGACGAGAGGAGCCCCUGCCAUUUUCCUCUCGUCCUUUAUACUCGACCACCAUGCUCAACUUGUCACUGUGUUUCACUGGUUUCCGCAGCAAAGAGGAAGUUAAAAACCUGGUGAAUCUGGUGCAUCACAUGGGUGGCGCCAUCCGUAAGGACUUCAGCACUAAAGUCACCCAUCUUAUUGCAUACUCCACUCAUGGCGAGAAGUACAAGCUUGCUGUGUGUAUGGGCACGCCCAUCCUCACCCCAACAUGGAUCCAUAAGGCCUGGGAGCAUAGAGAUGAUGUUAAGUUCCAUGCUGGAGAUGAAGAGUUCCGCACAGAGUUCAAAGUUCCCCCCUUUCAAGACUGUGCACUGAGCUUCCUGGGCUUCUCAGACGAAGAUAAGACCAACAUGGAGGAAAGGACAGUCAAACAUGGCGGCAGCUUCUUGGAGGUUGGAGAUGAGAAGUGCACUCACAUGGUGGUGGAGGAAAACUCUGUCAAGGAGCUGCCAUUCGUCCCGUCAAAGAGACUUUAUGUUGUCAAACAGGAGUGGUUCUGGGGGAGCAUACAGAUGGAUGCCAGAGCAGGGGAGUCCAUGUACUUCUAUGAGAAGAUGGACAGUCCUGUGAUGAAGAAGGCUGUGUCCCUGCUGUCCCUCAACACACCCAACAGUAACCGGAAGAGGAGGCGUCUGAGGGACACUCUGGCCCAGCUCACCAAGGAGACGGAGAUCUCCCCCUUCCCUCCCCCCCGCAAGAGGCCUUCUGCCGAGCACUCCCUGUCCAUUGGUUCUCUGCUGGACAUCUCCAACACCCCAGAGACCUGCAAGGCCCUGGCAGAACACUCCCGGCCGUCGAAGAGCUCUACACCUGCUGUCCUGAAGCAGUCUGCAAGAUGGCAGGUCUCCAAGGAGUUAUACCAGACAGAGAGCAACUAUGUGGAUAUUCUCACCACAGUCAUGCAGUUGUUCAAACUCCCCCUGGAAAAGGAAGACCAAGUUGGAGGACCCAUUUUGGCUCAGGAAGAAAUCAAGACCAUCUUUGGCAGCAUCCCAGACAUCUAUGAUGUACAUACCAGGAUAAAGGCCGAUCUGGAAGUGCUGGUUAUGGACUGGUCUGAGGACAAGAGUGUCGGGGACAUCAUUCUCAAAUACUCUAAAGACCUGGUGAAGGCUUACCCACCAUUCGUCAACUUCUUUGAGAUGAGCAAGGAUACGAUAGUCAGGUGUGAGAAGCAGAAGCCACGUUUCCAUGCUUUCCUCAAGAUCAAUCAGUCGAAGCCCGAGUGUGGGCGGCAGAAGCUGGUGGAGCUUCUGAUUCGCCCCGUGCAGAGACUGCCAAGCGUUGCCCUCCUUCUCAACGAUAUUAAGAAGCACACUGCCGAUGACAACCCUGACAAAAUCACUUUGGAGAAGGCAAUCGAAUCACUCAAGGAAGUUAUGACUCAUAUAAACGAAGACAAGAGAAAGACCGAGGGACAGAAGCAGAUCUUUGAUGUUGUCUAUGAAGUUGACGGCUGCCCUGCCAACCUGCUCUCGUCCCAUCGCAGCCUGGUCCACAGGGUGGAGACCAUCGCCUUGGGAGACAAACCCUGUGACCGAGGUGAAAGUGUCACACUCUUUCUCUUCAAUGACUGUCUCGAGAUUGCCAGGAAGAGACAUAAGGUGAUCAGCACAUUCAGGAGUCCUCUGGGCCAGAUGCGGCCUGCAGCCCAACUCAAACACAUCACCCUCAUGCCUCUGUCCCAGAUCAGGAGGGUCUUGGACCUGCAGGAUACAGAGGAUUGCCAUAAUGCCUUUGCCCUGGUGGUACGCCCGCCCACGGAGCAGGAGAAUCUUCUCUUCAGCUUCCAGCUGACCACUGAGGACACAAUGAAGUCAACCUGGCUGAAGAUGCUCUGUCGCCAGGUGGCCAAUACCAUCUGCAAGGCUGACGCGCAAGAUCUAAUUCAGUGCACUGAGCCUGACUCUGUCCAAGUGAGCACAAAGGAUAUGGACAGCACACUGAGUAAAGCCUCUAGAGUCAUCAAAAAGACUUCAAAGAAGGUAACGAGAGCCUUUUCCUUCACCAAAACACCCAAACGGGUGAUCCAGAGAGCCUUCAUGGCCAACAGCACCCCAGAUGACAAGAGCCCUGGCCCUAGCUCUGAGAACAUGAGCCGUGUGGGCAGCAGUGCCACCCUGUCUAUGGCUCGCUCUACCUCCACAUUCAACCUCAGUGGUUCCACCAAGAACUCUGCUGCUGCCGUGGUGCAGCGCUCGAACUCCCUGGACAACGCCCCCUGUCCCCGCCUCUGUGUUCCCGUCUGUAUUCACACCCCUGAUCCCACCCCUAGUCUACCCUGCCCUGAGGAGACCCCACCUAGACCUCAAACCACCCACACCAUGCCUCCUUACUCUACCAGCCCCCCUUCCUUGAGGAUCCCGUCCAAAGGGAGGAUUCCCCCUGGGGCUUGCAGGUACCUGAAGGUCCCCUACUCUGACCCCCGCAAGGCAGGCUGCCUGAGCCCCCGCAAAGAGACCCUCCUAUAGGCGGCUGCCUGACCUCAGACUGAUGCGAUGCACUCUCCCUCCAUGGUCAACCUGCCAUCCAUGUUUGAGAGGAAGUACCACACGUUCAGUCGCUCCACAACCCACCUGUUCUGAUUGACUCAGAGGGGAUAAACCCAGCACGCUCUUCUGCACCGUGCACCCCUCACUAAUUCAAUUGGCUCACCUUUCUGCAAUGGUACUGCUGAUUGGCAGGUUCUGUAAGUGUUUUAAUUAACACAAGUUCAGGCAGAUAUUGUCCGACUUGGAAAAUGAAGGAUGUGUAUACCCUUGUAUUUAGUGUUUACUUGCAAUGUUAAAAGUUGGCUUUGUGUGUUAGACAUUUUGACAUAUGUAAUAAACAGCCACAUAUAUAGAGAAGAUACUCACUGACAUUUUAUAUAGUUUUGUCGUAGAGGUGUAUAUAAUUCACUGAAUGAUUAACCAAUGAAACUAUUUCUUUGUUUUAUGGGAACAAGCCUGUUGGUUUCACUUACUGUAGUUUCCAGCUUUUAUAAAGCUCUUGAAAUGUUUUUACUUUUUAUACAAAUGAUCAGGAAUAGUGAACAAAAGCAAACAUAAGCUGUAAGUGUGUCUGUUUGCUGUAGUUUUUAGGUGAUUUAUUUUGUUGUCAAGUGGUUGUUUUUGUUCAGAAGGGACUGGGAAUGAUGCUGCAGUACAUAUUUAUUCUUCAUAAUCAUUUUAUAAAUAGUCUAUAAAAAGUAUUUUCUCUCUUGC